AUUAAGUUAAGUUGGCUGCAAUUCGGCUUGGCUAACUUCCUUUUCCGUGUUAGCUGUGAAAGAAAAAACAUGCCGCUAGCAAAAGAUUUACUGCACCCUCUGCCCGCUGAGGAGAAGCGCAAGCACAAGCUGAAGCGUUUGGUCCAGCACCCCAACUCUUACUUCAUGGAUGUGAAGUGCCCUGGUUGCUAUCGUAUCACAACCGUGUUCAGUCAUGCACAGGGCGUUGUGGUCUGUGCUGGUUGCGCCACCAUUCUGUGCCAGCCUACUGGAGGACGCGCCAAGCUGACAGAAGGCUGCUCGUUCCGUAGGAAGCCACAGUAAUUGAAGAAAUUGUAACGUGUGACGCCUAUUGAUGAACCACAAAUUAUUAAUUUUUUAAUAAAAACUUAUAAAAACGAAAAGAAAUCCCACAAAAUCCAUCCAAAUCUUUCAUUUCGCAAAAAAUGGUUAGUUUGGACUAAAACGGAUCUUUUUGGGGAUCGACGGCCAGCGUUAAUAAACAUCAUGAACCUGCAGUCGGGAACACUAAUAAUUUUUUAUAUUAAGUAGUUUUUAACAAACAAAACAAACACAUGUUUGGUUCUAUCCACUCUGUGGCUGUAAAAUAGAAACAAAGCCUUGUAAUAUUCACAAAUCUGGCAUUUCUUGGCUUUAUUUUGUGUUUUUGAUUAAAGAAUUAACGAUUUUGUGGUUUAGUAAA